GACGUGGCGUGGACGCACGACGGCCGCUACCUGGCCACCGCCUCGGACGACAAAACGCUGCGGGUGUGGGACGCCGCCACCGGCGGCACCGUGCGCCUCCUGCUGGGCCACACCCACUACGUCGUCUGCUGCGCCUUCUCCGCCGGCUCCAACCUGCUGGUCAGCGGCGGGUUUGACGAGGUGGUGAUUGUGUGGGAUGUGGUGAACUGCCGCCCCAUCAAGUUCAUCCCAGGCCACUCCGACCCGGUGUCUGGCGUGCACUUCAGCGGCGAGCCGGGCCUGAACGAGCUCAUCGCCAGCUGCUCCUUUGACGGCCUGACGCGGGUGUGGCACACGGGGACGGGCCGGUGCCAGGCCAGCUUGACAGACACGGCCAACCCUGCGCUGUCCUGCGUGCGCUUCACGCCCAACGGCAAAUACCUGCUCACGGCCACGCUGGACAGCCGGCUGCUGCUGUGGGACCCACAUGUGCGCAAGGUGAAGAAGACGUAUGUGGGGCACCUCAGCCAGCACAGCUGCUGCCAGGCCGUGUUUGUGACGCACAGCCCCGACCCCCGCCACAAGUACGUGGCGUGCGGCAGCGAGGACCACCACGUGUAUGUGUGGGACCUGCAGACCAGGAAGGUGGACGCCCCAGGGGACGGCCACUGCAGCACGGUGCUGGCGGUGGAUGCGGCGGUGGGGCGCCAGCUCAUCGCCAGCGGCGGCCAGGCUGGCGAUGGCACCAUCAAGAUCUGGGCGUGCGAGGAGGGCGGGCCUGAGCAGCAGCCAACGCCAAUGGAGGCAUGA